UUUUACAACAUAACUGGACUAGCUGAACUGUGCUCCCCUCAAAUAUUGAACGUUGGCGACGAAGUACAAUGGAAGAGAGACGCCGUUGCUCUGUACUGGAGGCCAUUCGUAAGGUAUAUGGUGGAUGAUUCGCUGACGUUGCCCUUCAUUUACGAUAGAAACAACCAUACCCUGGCAAGGUGCAUUGGCUGUGAGGAAUACCAAGAUCCAAAAUGUUCGUAUCUCUUUGAUAUCAAAUAUGAAGAUUGGGAACCAAUGAGACAUCACAUGCUUAUCAUGAGAGGAGAAAUUACUCAGCUAAUGGGUGAUCAGUGCUGCAUAAUCUCGUGGGACAACGGCCAACAAAUCCAUCUUCCAAAGUCAGCAGUCCGUAGAGCCGAUUCCAGUCUAUCAUGA